AUGCUGCGAUUAUCACUGGGUAUUGCAGUAGCAAUCCUCACUAUGGGAGGAGCAUCUCGAGGAAUACCUGCUGCCGCAAUGGCUGGCCGGAGUGCAUCGAACGCAAACGGCGGCUGCUCUCGAGAGUUCCUGACGAAUAUUGUCUCCCAGGUUAUAGACUCAAUGGUAGCACAUGACCCUUAUCGUCUACCAUUGGCAGAGAUUUAUUAUGCUACCGAAAAUUCGCACCCUGCAGCACUCGGUAUGAUGACUUCUUGGCGCACCAUCAUCGAAGCGGGCCCGCCCAGCCUUCUAGCAAUUGAUACUACGCAGAGCACCGCGUACUUUGCUCUAGAUGUUAGCGAAGGGAACCAGGCUAGGGAAACAGUUCUUCGCGGACGAGUGAAGGUGGUUAAGAAGCAUAUCACAGAACUGGAGCUAUUUAUCAAUCGCAAUCGUGGCGACCACGGCUUCUCUUUCUCAGCUGCAGAACUUCCGGCGAACUACAAGGUAUUAAUGUCACCACCGGCUAAUCGAACAAAUCCUAGCCGAGAAACGUUAUUGGCCUUGAGCGAGGCCCUUUUCGCUACUUCUAGUAACUUCUCGGUCACGGUUGGUGACGAUUGCCAGUUUACUGAAUUGGGCUGGAAGGUUGUCGAUACUGGAGUAUACGGGAACGCUUCGAGUGAUCCACUUGGCUGCACCUGGCCUGACUCACAUCCUACCGACGCAAACGCACGAGUGGGCCUCGUUAUCGAUGAGGAGUUAGGCUUCGUUGUAACUAGCGGCAUGAUUGCUGGUAAAGUCUAUCCUUACCAGAACAUCUCUGCCUUUAUCCCCGAUACCAUGACUUCAGCGCAGGAAGCGCAGGAAGUAUGGAUCGAGGAGAUGAAAUCUAAGGGUACUCUUUCGAUGCUAUCACCUACAGAGGCUACCGGCGACACUCUUGAGGUGCUUCAAUACUAUAAUGGUGAGCUGCAAGCUAUGCAGAUCAAUGUCUACCUGAGCGGCCCGAAUAUGACAUCGCCUUGGCUGUAG